AUGUCCGAAGAGCACAAGCAAGAAGACCCAAUCCCUAAUGACCCGCCGUGGGCACUACGGGUGAAGAGGGCACUGAAGAGGAGGGCCUGCGAGGAGAUCUCUGCCAUGAAGCAGCGCGUGGCUGAGAUGGAAGAGGAGGCGGCCAAGCUUCGGGAGAUGCAGGCCAGCCUCAACCAGCAGGCCCACGAGUCCUCGGACAACAAGGAGGACAUCGACAACCGAAGCAUCUUUGUCGGAAACGUCGAUUACUCGGCCUCGCCCGAAGAGAUUCAGGCUCACUUCCAGAGCUGCGGUUCCAUCAACCGCGUCACGAUUCUGUUGGACAAGUUCACGGGCCAGCCCAAGGGCUAUGCCUACGUCGAAUUUACCGAACCAAGCCUCGUUGCCCAGGCCCUCGUUCUUAACGAGAGCGUAUUCAAGGGCAGGAACAUCAAGGUUGUCCCCAAGAGGACCAACAUUCCCGGCAUGGGCCGCGGCCGUGGCCGCGGUGGCUUCCGUGGUGGUGGUGGUGGUGGUGGCCGUGGGUUCAUGGGCGGUCGCGGUUUUCCUCGUGGUGGCGGCUACCGUGGAGGCUAUCGGGGUCGUGGCAGGGGUGGCUUCCAGCCCUAUUAG